AUGAAAAGUUUAAAAACGCUCGGUACUAGAAGUGAAACGAAGCGAGAUAAAGUGGAAGAGGCAUUGAUGUUAGAAAAAUUAGGCAAAGGAACUGAAGAAACGCAGGCAAUUCUAUAUGAAGAAAGAGAAGUAAAAGAGUGGACUGAAGAAGACUCACCUUUUGGUAACAUGGUAACGAAUGAGUUUGAUACAGAUAAGAUGGAUGAAGACGAACAACCCAAAACAUCAUCUUUUAUUGACCAUCGUCCCAAGGGUCCUCAAGGAAUGGGCUUUGGAUUCCAGACUGCAACAAAAAUAACAUCCAAAAAAGCCAAACCAAAGUACAAUUGGAGAGCUCGAUUGGAACAAGAAAAGGCCCGAAAGCGAGGAAUCGAAAUGUAUGGAGAUGGAAGCAGCGAUGAAAACUCAAGUGAGAAUUCAGACCAAGAUUCAGAAGAUGAUGGGUCUAGCGACGGUACUGGAGAUGACGUUGAAGAAGACGAGGAAGACGAAGAGUGGGCUGGAUUUGAGGACGAUGGUGCUAAAGCUACCUCUAUCAAUGGGAAUGGUCUAAACAGAUCCAUUGAUGUCGAUGAUGAGCAAGACUUUGAGGAAGACGACGACAAUGAAGACGAUGACGAUGAAGAUGACGAAGAUGAGGAAGAAGAUGAAGAAGAUGACGGUAAGUCAAAAGGCCAGCAGUUUAAGGAAUGGGCGAACCAAAUGAUCAAUCCCGAGAGCGAGCGUAUCGAAACACCUGUGUUCAAGGGUACCUAUACUCCCCUUGACCGUUCUGAAGAUAAGGAAGCGCUACCUUCUGAGUACGUUGUUCCAGAGAAAGCUGUUGAUAGAAAAGCAUACUACGUCAACGUUGAGAGAUCAGAUGAAAUCCAACAAGCUAGAAUCCAGCUACCAGUUGUAAGCGAGGAACAGAGAAUCAUGGAGGCAAUUCACAAUAAUGACACGGUCGUGAUUUGUGGUGAAACUGGUAGUGGUAAAACUACGCAAGUUCCACAGUUUCUAUUUGAAGCAGGUUAUGGCCACCCUGAAAGCAAGACACCAGGAAUGAUAGGAAUCACCCAGCCAAGGCGUGUCGCAGCUGUCAGCAUGUCCAAUCGUGUGAGCAAUGAACUAGGCAAUUAUGGUAGCAAAGUCGGUUAUCAAAUUAGAUUUGAUGCCACGGUUAAGCCUGAUACAGCUAUGAAGUUCAUGACUGAUGGUGUGCUUUUACGAGAAUUGACCACAGACUUUGCCCUUACAAAAUACAGUUGUAUUAUUAUUGACGAAGCGCACGAGAGAAAUAUCAAUACCGAUAUCUUAAUUGGUGUUUUGAGCAGAGUUGUAUCACUUCGAAAGGAAAUGAGUUCUAAUCCCGAUAGCAAGCUCAGCCCUUUGAAGCUAGUUAUCAUGUCGGCAACAUUACGAGUAUCUGACUUUACAGAAAACAGCUCUUUGUUCCCAAAUCCACCACCCGUGUUAAAAGUUGAGGCUAGACAGUUUCCAGUUUCAGUUCAUUUCAACAGAAGAACUCCUCAUGAUUAUCUCGACGAGACGUAUAAAAAGGCGGUCAAAAUCCAUCAAAAACUUCCCCCAGGAGGAAUUCUCAUUUUCCUGACCGGCCAAAAUGAAAUCAAUCAAGUAUGUCGUAAGCUAAAGCAAGCGUUUCCAUUUAAGAAAGGGCACAAGCUUGCGGCCACCGAAACAUCGGUGAAAGUUCGAGUUUCGGCCCAAGAAUCUGUGACUGAGGUUGAAGAUAUUGAUUUUGGUUUAGAAGAAACUCUCCAACCGGAAAGAAGGGUAACCUCUGAUGACAUUGUCGAUGAUUAUGACGAAGAUGACGAAGAGGAAGAAGAGGGAUUUGAGGAGACAAUUGAAGAGGGUCAAGAUAUCAACGCUCCAUUGCAUGUUCUACCCCUUUACUCGCUGUUACCUACCAAGGAGCAAAUGAAGGUGUUCCAGGAGGUUCCUGCCGGCAGCCGUUUAUGUGUUGUGGCUACCAAUGUAGCCGAAACAAGUUUGACCAUCCCAGGUAUUCGAUAUGUUGUUGACUGUGGUAGGUCGAAAGAACGUCAUUAUGAUGAAGAGACUGGGGUUCAAAGUUUUAGAGUGUCGUGGACUUCUAAAGCUAGUGCUGAUCAAAGAGCUGGUCGUGCCGGUCGUACUGGACCUGGUCAUUGUUACCGCAUAUUUUCUUCUGCUGUAUUUGAGCGCGAUUUUAACCAAUUCAGCAAGCCUGAAAUUCUACGCAUGCCAAUCGAGGGUCUUGUGCUUCAGAUGAAAUCUAUGGGCAUUGAUAACAUUCUAAACUUUCCUUUCCCCACCCCCCCGCCUGCAAACAGUCUUGGAAAGGGUCUGAGAUUGCUUCAGUUCUUAGGAGCUUUAUCCCAAGCUGAUAAGCCCCUGUUGACGGAACUUGGAAAGUCGAUGAGUUUGUUUCCAUUAACUCCGAGAUUUGCGAAAAUGCUUAUCAUUUCCAACCAGCAUGGAUGUUUGCCAUAUAUUAUUGCAAUUGUAGCAGCAUUGACAGUUGGAGAACCGUUUCUCACUCAGGAAGAAGUUGGAAUCAACAUAAUUUCUGGUCAGGGAAAUGAAAGUGACGACGAUGAUGAUGAUGCUGAAAAUGACAUUAGUAUAGAGCUUAAGGAGGCAAACAGAAGGCUCCGAAGUGAGUACUUUGGAGCACUUCAACGGUUUUCAGCACUUGACUUCAAGUGUGACGCUUUGAAGACACUAGCAGCUGUAUGCGCAUUUGACUUUGAUAAGGAUCGUGAAAGUUUCUGCAAGAAAAACUUUCUCCGUUUCAAGGCUAUGGAAGAAAUUUCUAAACUUCGUAAACAGUUGGCUUAUCUUGUUGCAGUCAACACCCGUCCAAAUGCUGUUGAUAGCACUGUUCAGAAACUCAAUGCUAAACUUGGCCCCCCUUCAGCGGUUCAGAUCAAAGCGCUCAAGCAAAUGAUUGCUGCUGGAUUUAUAGACCAAGUUGCUGGCAGAGCAGAUAUAGUUGGUACUGAUGAGAUCAAGUCAAAACAGCGGGUUAUCACCUUCCCAUAUAUCCCACUUUUCCCAACAUCAGUUGCCAACAUCGACCCUUAUCAGGCACGCGAUCCGUAUGUAUAUAUUCACCCAGGAUCUAUUCUUGCUAAUGGCGGAGGAGCCCCUCCUGAGUACAUUAUUUACGCGUCAGUCCAUGUAAAUGAAGGACACAGAGCAGGACAGACACCUAAAGUGAGAAUGAAGCCCCUAACGGACAUCACACCUUCGCAACUUUCUAACGUUGCGCGGUCUUCUGCUUUAAUUACAUACUCGAAGCCCCUCGGACCACCAUACGGUCCCAGAAGCAUCACACCUACCAAGCGCGAGUGUUGGGUAGUUCCUAGAUUUGGUGCUGCUAUUGGCAGUGGCUCAGUAGGCUGGGACCUACCGGCGAAAAAAGUCAUCCAGGAAAAAGAUGGCACUAACUGGGUUGUCACGAGUGACGCAUGA